AUGUAUCGAACCAUCCGAAAACGAAUCCAGCCCAUUGCAAGAAAUAAUAACAAUAAUCGUAAUAAUAAUGACACUCAAGAUGACAACGAUUACGCCGAUGUUCCCUUCGAUGAGAGAAUAAACCAAAAAGUAGUCAAGAAGCAAAUAGAAAUGAAAUCGGAAUCCUUGUGUCGGCCACGGUCGAUUGGUUUGUUGGCCUUACGACAACGACAAAAGCAAAAGCAGACGCAAAACGAAGGAGUGGCCAUUGCGAGGGCUUCGACUUAUAAUGCUGAAUGGAAGAAUUCUCCAAGAAGAACACGAGCGGGCCUCAUUUCUCGAACGACAGCGGCGAGCAAACGAGACCAGACGACUCCGGACCUUGUCCCACCAGAGACAACAACAACGACGACAUUAAGAACAAGAGUCAUCUAUACCCCACUUCCUACAAGGUCCGAAACACCGAAGAACAAACCAGAUCCUACCCCACAAGAUGCUUCUUCUAAUGUGGUGCAAGAGAACAAUGAUGAUUCUUCUUCUUCCUCUUUUUGCAGUAAGUAUACUACCUCGGACGACGAUGACUAUACUUCCUCCUUUGGGUCGGGCGUCUCGUCGCUCUCUGGUGUCUUUGCAGACGUGCAAAGUUCAAAUUUUGAUGAUGAUACUACCAAGUUGUUGGAGGAUGCCUCACACUUGCAACAAGAAGGAGAAACCACGUUGGGGGAUACUAAUACGACGCAGCAUGAUUCCAUGGAAGAUGACGAUUGUGAUAUUCAUGAUGAAGAAUACACAAGCUUUCGAAGGAACAACAACAAUGCAAACUGUCGAAUGAUUUGUUUUGUGGAUGACGCCUCGGACAGCGUUGGUUUGGAAGACUUUCUCGACACGGAUACAAAUCGGCACAGAGGAAAACCAAAACAACAGAGCAAAAGUCAAGAGAAAAAGAAGCAAAUGAAGCUGCAACCCGAGAAAACAAAAUCAACCCUGUCCUAUUUUUGCGAAUCAUUGGAUUGCCUUGGACUAUGGAAAGGUUUGUGCUGGGGGAACGAAGAUGCUACCGGUACCGUUGGACUCACUGCUGAGGUCAAGGGUUGA